AUGGACUCUGCCCUCGGGAUUUUCCUGCCUGGCGGGGCAAGAUCCACCUGCAGACCGGCCGUCUCUGAAGUGCAUGGAGCCAGUCUGGAGGUCCCCUGGAGGGGCCCACCGCGCCCCACCCCCGAGCCUCCGGGGCCCUCCCACUUGGAUCUGGCUCUGCACGUGUGGCCGGGGGGCAACCCAAGGCGCGUGAGAGCAUCGUGGAGCCCCAGCAAAGGAACCUCUCCAGCCACUAAGGAGAAAAACCACAAGGCAGCCUCCACCGAGGCAAUGGGCCCUGCGCUCUCCCACGCUCCACACUUGGCCUACCUAGCAAGCACCACACACCCCGCGGACUCUUCGCCGCCUCCCCCUCGGCUGGCGGCUUUUAUGGGGCAGUCAGAAGACCGGCUUGGCCUCCCUUCCGCCCCCGUGGCGUCAUUUCCGGCCCGCUCCUUCGCGCCCCCUCCCCUUGCAGGGUCAGGUCUGGGCUUCCCGUCUCGUCAGCAACCCCGGGAGGGCGUCCGUUGGGGGAACAGGCGGCGGAACCGGCCGGGCCUUGGCCUGCGCAUGCGCCUGCCUCUUCGGCCGGACGAGCCGGGACGGCCGAGUUAUUCCUCCUCAUCGAGUUUGACUGGCCGGCCGCGCUCCUCGACCGGCUCCCGAAGCAGCAGAGCGGCGGCCGCCGGCGGCCAGGGGAGCCAGUCCAGCAAACUCGAUUGCAGUGGUCGAGUCAAGUCGAAUCAAUCAGUACCAAUCAAUCAAUCAAUCAGUCAGUCCCUUUAUCGGCAUAAAAUAAAUAAUAAAAAGCUGAGGGUAGAAGGCAAAGCUCGUAAGAUAAUCCAAAACAGAGGACCAAUAGGUGCUCCCUGCAACAUCUCUCCCUUUAAGGAUGCUUAUGCCUGUGGCCAUCACGACAUCCAUCUGGCAGUGAGUCCAACAUGGCUUGGUGCAGGCUCUCAAAGGAAAGAGAUGUAGGACCAUCCAUGCUGAUAAGAAGGCCUGUGACUUCUCCCCCCAACCACUGUACUUCUGUCUUGUCCAUAUAUCACACCUUUCAAAUGUCCCUUUAAUCUCAAAUCCUGCACAGACUCCUCCUGAAUUCCAUCUCCUACACUCGUCUCCCACCAUCUCCCACCCAUUGCUCAGCAGCUGUGCUCACCCGCUUCACCAUUCCGCAGACUGAGGUCUCCUUGCAUGCAGCUUCCCUCCUCCUCUGUUGUUUAGACAGCCAGGCUCUCUCAGGUUUGCCACCCAUACAUUCCAGGCAGGCCCUAACAUGGUUGCCCGCAACCUGCCCCCUGCGCACCCAUGCC